CCUCCUCCUCCUCCUCCUCCUCGUUCUCUCCGCCCAAAACCCAGGCUCCGCCAUGUCCGACGAAAUUAGUGUCCAGCACCUGGGCAGCAUGGUGCUCACGCGGUUCCCCUUCGUGGAGUUCCGUCCUGACCAGAGUGGCACCCUGCCGACCUACGAGUACACGAUCGCCAACACCGGGGACAUGUCCUUCCGCCUGACCAUGACCUUUGAGGGGGAGAACGUGGCCCUUGAGCCGCUGAAUGCCACCAAGGCCCAGUUGAAUGGGCCGCUGGAGGUGUCGGUCACUGUGGGCCCGAAGGACCCGGUGUUUGAUUUUGUCCGCGUGGCGGCCGCCGACAAGUCCGGCGCUGGGGCAUUCAGCUUUGGCGCCGGCAUCCGCGCGGUCGUCCUGGACACCCAGCGCCGAUCCUCCGAGUCUGAUGGAGUCAUCCUCCACACCUCGGCCACCUUCAAUGAGGCCUCCCCCGAGACCGGCAAGGAGCACCUCCAUGUCACGGCCGAGUGCGAGAACACCCGCUCGGAUCCGAUCGAGGUGCAUGUGGACUUGCUGCCCAAGUCCGGCAGCAUUAUCUCCACCUACCCCUCGGAACUGCCCUUCAUCCGGGUCAUUCCCCCGGGGCAGCGUGUCAACCUGGGCACCGUCCUGGCCGAGGACGCACUGGAGUCCGUGUGGCAUUAUGUCCCGUUGGUGGAUCAGGAGGAGGGGGCGCAUCCGCCAGCUCAGCCAGCCACUGGUGCCGCCAGUGUCCCUGCUGUGGCUGCCGCGGAAGACGCCGGUGUCUCGGCACCCGCCCCGGUGUCCGUGCCGGAUUCCGCCCUGCCAGCUGAUGCGCUGGCCGCGCUGGCCGCCCUGAGCCUGGCACCCACCUCCAAGGCCACUGCUGCCCCGCCCCGGCCGCGUACUGCGGCUCCGACGGAUGUGUCGCCUGCCCCCGCUGCUGCGGCUCCUGCCGAUGUAGCUCCUGCCACUACUGCCGAUUCAGCCCCCGCCCCCGCCCCUGCUCCUGCCGCUCCUGCCGCUCCUGCCGAUGCUGCUCCUGCCACUGCUGCUCCUGCCGAUGCUGCUCCUGCCGAUGCUGCUCCUGUCGCCCCUGUCGCCCCGGCCUCUCCCAUCGACGACACUCCUCCCCCCGCAACUGAGGCCCCGAGUCCUGCCGCCGCCCCGGCUCCUGUGACUCCAGCGGUUGACACUGAGAAGCCCGCUCCUCCGGCAUCCAACCCCGCUUCCCCCACCUCGCCCACCUCUCCGCGGGUGAAUGUCCAGGAGUCAGAGCUCCAGGAUGUUCGCCUGCGCCAGACCAUUACCUCCAGCCCUGGCUCGACCAACGUCACCUUCGAGGCGGUCAAUGGCCGCGCGCGCCCGGUGGAGGUGACUCUCGACGUGGAUGUCGACUCCGGGAACAUUGAGGAUGUCGUGGACUUCGGCAUCUACACCGAGCGCCCCUUCAAGGCGCAGAUCCAGCCCGGCGAAACGGGCCUCAUCGCCUCGGUCCAUGUGCGCGCGGCCAUCGGCAUCAACUGGGGCUUCCGUGAGAUCGCCCCGUCCUCCGGGCCCGCCUCCCCGGCCGAGUGAGCACGCCCCGAUCGGCCCAACUGCCAAUGCACGCAACACAACAAAUAAAGCCCCCCUCUCCCGAGAACAGCGCCGGCCCAGCGCUGAGAGAGAUGCGCACGUCGA